AUGACCGUCUGUCUCGUCCCCCUAUCGAACGGCUAUAAAGUCUUGUUCGGUCUUUCCUUGUCUGAAAAUUGUCUACCACCCACCAUGAAAUUUAUACAGCCCGCUGCCAUUGUCGCACUCGUUGCCGCGUCCGCUGCUGCUCAGAGCUCGAGUACAACUACGGCGACAAGCUCUCUAGCAACAUCAGAAUUGUCUUCCGCCCUCUCGUCUCUUCAAUCAUCAGCUCAAUCCCAGGCAUCGUCUAUAAUUUCCUCUAUCAGCUCCGAGAUUUCCAGCCGCAGCUCCGUCAUUCAAUCUGUGACGAGUGCUCAUCCGUCUCUAAGCUCUGCUGUCGCAUCUGCGUCCUCAGUAAUCAGCUCGGCUCUCAAUCCCACGAGUACGUCGAAUGCCGCGGUCAACAACGUGAAUGGAGGAUUGGCCUUGGGUGUCGUUGCUGGCAUUGUGGUUGCCAUGGUCUAG